GCAAGUUAGUAUCGUUUGUACGCCGGUCGGGUUCGGUUCGAGUUUCGGAGAGAGAACGUUGAUUCCAGCUUUGGAAACGGCAAAGUGGUGUGCGUUUUGUUGUGAGGUGGUUUUUGCUGCCUUCCAUACCAAAUUGUAGAUCAAAGUGAUAAUUUCGUAUAAAAACAAGUCGGCAGUUGAUAAAAACGGGGCAAAAUCUCAAUUUGGUUUGAAGUUUGCGGUUGAAAUCGAACUAAAAUGGUCUCUUGAAGACCCGGUGGAGAGAGGUGGUUGAAAGAAAGUAUUUCCGGCCAAAACGAAAGCGCACGAUUAAGGCCAGACCAGCCCCCCAAAAUGCCAGUAUAUUUGGAAGUCAGCACAAACUGUGACGAUGAGCAGUACGACAGUGCUGGAAGUCACGGCGUCGGGGCCAACAGCCAGCAGAACCUGCUGUCACUCCAGAGUAUUGCCAGUCUCUCAAAUCCCAACUGCUUGUUCGAGCGCAACUCCAAGAACAACGAACCCUAUGGAAAGGCUGAGAAACGAAAGCUCCUGUGGGCGAUCGCGUUCACGCUGGUUUUUAUGGUGGCGGAAUUCCUCGGUGGUUACCUGUCCGGCAGUUUGGCCAUCAUGACAGACGCGGCCCACUUGCUGUCCGACUGCAUCAGCUUCCUGAUCGCGGUCAUAUCAAUUUGGAUCUCAAACAAAAAACCGGACGGACGGAUGUCGUUCGGGUAUCGUAGAAUAGAGGUCAUCGGUGCCAUGCUGUCCAUCUUCGGCAUCUGGGCGCUUACCGCGGUGCUGGUGCUAAUGUCCGUCCAGCGGAUAAUCGCCGAAGACUUCGAGAUCGAUGCCGACACCAUGAUCAUCGUGGCGGUGCUUGGAGUUGUGAUGAACAUAGCAACGGCCUUCAUCCUGCACGGCUCGUGCAGUGUGAUUUCGCCCAUGCAUCACGGCCAUUCCCAUGGGCAUUCGCACGGACAUUCCCAUGGACACUCGCAGUCCCAGACGAAACUGGUGGUCAGCGCAGAACCUGCGACUCCGAGGUCCCGAUCUCGAUCUCGGUCACACUCGCCGUGCAAGAAAAAAUCCCACCCAAAGUUGGACAAACUGAAGAUUUGUGACGAGAAGAAGUGCCAGCACAUGGAGCAGCUGACCAUCCCGAAUCUUCCGCCCAGCCCGAGCGUGAGUCCGCACAGUUCACAGCCCAACAGCAGGCACAACUCGUUCGCCAACUCGGCGACCAUCCGACGUCCGACGAUGGAGAACAUCCUGAACCUUGCGAGGAGCAAACUGAACGUCGAAGCGAUUCGCCAUCGGAUGAGCAUCGACGCGGGGCCAAACUCGCCCGAUCUGAUUCCGUCCAGCAAGUUUCUGUACAACAAAAUAUCCAUGCUGGACAACGACUCCACGCUGGGCCAGAGUCGGCGAGAAAGUGGAGAUUCUGCGUCGGAUGAGGAGCAUCAGGACCACCACAACCAUCACCACGAGGAAGGUGAAAAUCUCAACGUUCGAGCAGCCAUCAUCCACGUGAUCGGGGACUUUAUCCAGAGUGUGGGCGUCCUGCUGGCUGCCAUCGUGAUCAAGUUCGCUCCCAACCUGAAAAUCUUCGACCCGAUCUGCACCUUCCUGUUCUCGGUGAUUGUGCUCAUUACGACGGUGCGAAUAUUCCGCGACUCGAUGCGCAUCCUGCUGGACGCGGUGCCGUCGAGUGUGUCCCUCGACAAGCUGUCCACCGAGCUGGGCUGCAUCGCGGGCGUCAAGGCCGUGCACGAUCUGAACGUGUGGAGCGUGUCGAUGGGGCUGAAUGUGAUGACGGUGCAUUUGAUGGUUGAUCCCAUCGCAAAUACGGCGGAAAUUCUAGUCGCUGCCAAUACGAUCGCCCGCAGUGGGUUCAACAUCAGCAAGUGUACAGUGCAAAUAGAGAAGAUAAGUUUUUGUAGUUAAGGAUUACUAGGCCCUCAGUCUAGGGCAGGCGUGUUUGUGUGUAAAUAUUAAAGGAUAAGUUUAAAUCAGUGCUAAGUAGUCAAAUUAGUAAUAAUAACUAAAUGAAUUUUCAAUAAAAUACAAAUGAUGAAAUGAUACGAAGCCUCAA